AUGGAUCCAGCCUUGUUGCGGGAACGCGAAGCGUUCAAAAAACGGGCCAUGGCAACGCCAACCGUUGAAAAAAAAAACAGGCCUGAGCCUGCACCCCUCCCAGCGCUUCGUGAUGACUCCAAGAAGAAAAUGCGGCCACCCACUGUUCCAAAGAUGGAUGCGUCCACGUAUAAGACAAUGUCUGGUAGCUCCCAGUAUCGAUUUGGAGUGCUAGCCAAGAUAGUCAAAUUCAUGCGCACCCGCCAUCAGGAUGGGGAUGACCACCCACUUACUAUAGAUGAAAUAUUAGACGAAACGAAUCAACUUGAUAUUGGUCAAUCAGUGAAAAAUUGGCUAGCGGGCGAAGCCCUAAGUAACAAUCCUAAAAUAGAUGUUACCCCGGAUGGUCAAAAAUUCAGCUUUAAGCCAGUCUAUAAGAUAAAGGAUGGCAAAAGUCUUAUGCGCCUAUUAAAACAGCACGACUUAAAGGGGCUAGGGGGUAUUCUGCUAGAGGAUGUUCAGGAGUCUUUACCGCACUGUGAGAAGGUUUUGAAAAAUAGAGCGGCUGAAAUUCUAUUUAUUAUACGGCCAAUUGACAAAAAGAAGAUAUUGUUCUACAACGACAGAGCUGCGAAUUUUUCAGUAGAUGAAGAAUUUCAAAAGUUAUGGCGUUCAGCAACUGUCGACGCUAUGGAUGAUGCUAAAAUUGAUGAAUACCUCGAAAAACAAGGUAUUCGUUCGAUGCAAGAUCAUGGUCUGAAGAAACCGAUUCCAAAACGCAAAAAAGUUUCAAAUAAAAAACGACAGUUCAAAAAACCUCGAGACAACGAGCAUUUGGCCGAUGUUUUGGAAACAUACGAGGAUAACACUUUAACACAAAAGGGCGUAAACCCAACUUAGAUAGUAAGCUCUCAUGUGCAGUCAAUAAAUAAAUUUAGACAAA